AUUCUGACCCAUUUGCGAUUUCAUUAUCCUACGAUCACUUCCAAUGAAAUGACGUGGCAAGUCUUGUGUCUGCCAGACGUGAUAGCUCAGACAUGCUAAAGGAAAGUAUACAGUGUUCAGUGAUCUUCCCUCUAGAUCUCGAUGUCUCUCCCCUCAAUCUAAAUAGGAUUUAAAUGGUCAAGCUUCUCCUACACUACAUAGUCCUAUAAUACUGUGCUAGAUGAUAGAUAAAUAGAUAAGUAUGAAUGGGUUACGAUCAGUCAUAAGGUUCUUGGUUAUGAGUAAAUGGACAUCAUCUCUCAGGUGAUGAUUCAAAUUCAGCGGGUUCCGUCCAGUGUCUACGUAACACAAACAAAUCUCAGAAUGCAUGCGCAUAACCAUUACGGCGAUGUGGCCAGGAGGGAACACACACCGCCGCCUCCCACUUCUGGCAACCACUCUUCCCUGCCGUGCUUCUGGAGGUCAACUGGAAAGCAAGACAUCAGUGACCUUUUGACCCUACCACCAUCAGCACCAUCAAGGAUUUCAACGAGAAUUAAUGACCGUGAGCGCGGAGCAGAUGGCCUGGAAUGGUCGCACGUGUGCACGCGGCGUGACUGCUCCGGCGGCGUGAGGGACGUGGACACCAUAAUCAACGUGAUUAAUGACGCGACAGCGACCCGCCCUCGAUCAGCAGCAAAUGGAGUCCUUGUGCUGGUGUCAGGUGCUCGCCGCCCACUCGAGCCUCGCCCUCCCCCAACCCUCACUCCCCUCAUUGACUCCUCCAUCAGGAAGCAUCAGCGAGGAUUGGCUCCGGAGUGCUCACUUAGUAAUUUAUUUGUUGGAAGUGCCACUCCAGCGAGCUCGGGCUUAAAGUGCUAAAGAACCUUUCAGCGCCCAUUGUCUUCCUCAUUGAUUAUCCAUAAAUGUGCCUUUUGGGUCUGCGUCGCUGGGCGGCAGGCGGACAGACUCACCACGGCGGGCGAAAGAGAGGAUCAGGUACACCGGUGAUGAGAGCAAAAAGCGUCAAGUGAAAAAGGAAAUGACGGAGAGGCAAGCGGAAAGAAAAACAACAGUGAGAAUGAUAAUUAAGGAAGACUGUAGGAAAAAAACAAAUGCAGGAAAUUAUGUCCACAUACUAUUGACAAAAGCGUGGGAGACAUGAGGAGGAGGAGGAAGGAGAGGACGAACGAGGAAACUAAAUAAGUCUUUAUGAGGCAAAAGUCGUACUCAGUUGUAAUAAAAACUAUCUAUUUGAGGUGGCGUUGAAAAAUGACGUCCCCCAAGGCGCCUGUAGCGAUCAAUAAACACCAUAAAAUGUUGACGGAAAGUAUUAUGCACUGCAGUAAGUGAAGCUUGAAAUAUCUAUGUGGGUCGUCUAUCUACUCUCGCGCCUUCAAUCACGUCCAACGUCCCCCUCUCCGUCCCCGUCCCCGCCGCCCCCUCAUCCACCACUAACUGUUGUAAAUGUUUAAAGGGAAGCUCAGGGUGAAUAAUGCAACAAGCUCGUCCUCGUGUUGUCCACUUCACUGAUGCCCUUUGUGACUUUACUGUGCACACACUCACGCACACAAUUGUCUUCUUAUAUAUAACUGGUGUGUGUGUGUGUGUGUGUGUGAAACAGAUGUACAGACAGACAAGCAGACACAGAUGGUUGUAGUCUUUUGUUAUUGGUGUUGUCGUUGCUGUUGCUGAUGAUGAUGGUUGUAGUGAUGGUGACGGUGGUGGC